AUCCAGCACAAGAAUAGAACAUUGCAUGAGACUUUCCUUAUCUAAAGUAACAACCACCACAAAACACAACAAUGGAGGAAGAAAGAGAACACCACCAACUCAAAGACAAAGAAGAAAACGAGUGGCGUCUCUACGAAGCUUACAAUGAACUUCACGCGCUUGCUCAAGAACUUCACACGCCUUUCGACGCGCCGGCGGUACUGGUUGUGGGCCACCAAACAGACGGGAAGAGCGCCUUAGUUGAGGCUCUAAUGGGCUUCCAGUUCAACCACGUCGGUGGUGGCACCAAAACCCGCCGGCCCAUUACUCUUCACAUGAAAUAUGGCCCACAUUGCGAGUCUCCUUCUUGCUAUCUUCUUUCUGAUGAUGACCCUUCUCUUUCUCACCAUAUGUCACUUUCCCAAAUCCAGGGUUAUAUUGAAGCUGAGAAUGCGAGGUUGGAGCGUGACUCAUGUUGUCAAUUUUCAGCUAAGGAAAUAAUCAUAAAAGUGGAAUACAAAUACUGUCCCAAUCUCACCAUAAUAGACACACCAGGAUUAGUUGCUCCUGCACCAGGUCGUAAAAAUAGGGCGAUACAGGCACAGGCACGAGCGGUAGAGUCACUCGUUCGUGCAAAAAUGCAGCACAAGGAGUUCAUUAUACUCUGUCUUGAAGAUUGUAGUGAUUGGAGCAAUGCGACUACGAGGCGCGUUGUAAUGCAAAUUGAUCCUGAAUUGUCAAGGACUGUGAUUGUUUCCACUAAGUUCGAUACUAGGAUACCACAAUUUUCACGUCCUUCUGAUGUUGAAGUUUUCCUUUCACCGCCUGCAUCUACGCUUGAUGGAUGCAUUCUUGGUGAUUCUCCGUUCUUUACUUCGGUGCCUUCUGGAAGAGUUGGUUCUGGAACUCAUUGUUUAUACUCAUCUAAUGAUGAUUUCAAACAGGCAGUAAGCUUCAGAGAGAUAGAAGAUGUUGCAUCCUUGGAGGAGAAAUUGGGAAGGCCAUUGUCAAAGCAAGAAAGAAGUAGGAUAGGUGUGAGCAAACUUAGGUUGUUUCUUGAAGAAAUACUACAAAAGAGGUAUAUAAAUAAUGUACCAUUGAUCAUUCCACUUCUUGAGAAGGAGCAUCGGAGCGUGACAAGGAAAUUGAGUGAUAUAAAUCAAGAAUUGAGCACACUGGAUGAAGCCAAGUUGAAGGAGAAAGGAAGAGCUUUCCAUGAUAUGUUCUUGACCAAGCUGUCAUUGCUGCUUAAAGGGACAGUUGUCGCGCCUCCUGAUAAGUUUGGUGAAACAUUACCAGAUGAGCGAAUAAAUGGAGGUGCAUUUGUUGGUGCCGAUGGUGUUCAGUUCCCUCACAAGCUAAUACCUAAUGCAGGGAUGCGUCUUUAUGGGGGUGCACAAUAUCAUCGAGCAAUGGCUGAAUUUCGUUUUGUAGUUGGAGGAAUCAAGUGCCCUCCAAUUACCCGGGAAGAAAUUGUAAAUGCUUGUGGAGUUGAAGACAUUCAUGAUGGAACAAACUACUCUAGGACUGCUUGUGUAAUUGCUGUUGCAAAGGCUCAUGAUACAUUUGAACCUUUUCUUCAUCAGUUGGGGUCUAGAUUGUUGCACAUACUUAAGAGAUUGCUCCCAAUCUCUUUUUAUCUUCUUCAGAAAGAUUGUGAGUAUCUAAGUGGCCAUCAGGUGUUCCUCAGGCGUGUUGCCUCCGCCUUCGACAACUUUGCAGAAUCCACUGAAAAAUCAUGCCGUGAAAAAUGUAUGGAGGACUUGGUAAGCACCACACGAUAUGUCUCAUGGUCUCUACACAAUAAGAGUCGGGCAGGAUUACGCCAGUUCUUAGAUUCAUUUGGUGGAACAGAACAUUCCAAUGUUUGUAAUGAUCCCACUGCAACUGUUCUAUCACAAACAAAUGUGCAAGAGAAGGAAGACACAAAGCCACAACUAGAAGUAAAGCUCAGUCACGUGGCCUCUGGAACUGAUCCUAGCACAUCCACCCAGACAGCUGAAACAAAGCUUGCUGACCUUCUUGAUAGUACACUUUGGAAUCGAAGGCUUGCACCCUCUUCUGAAAGGAUUGUUUAUGGUUUGGUACAACAAAUAUUUCAUGGCAUACGAGAAUAUUUCUUGGUUUCCACAGAAUUAAAGUUCAACUGUUUCCUCUUGAUGCCCAUUGUGGAUAAGUUGCCUGCACGCCUUCGGGAGGACCUAGAAUCUGCUUUUGAAGAUGACCUGGAAAAUGUUUUUGACAUGACCAAUCUGCAACUUUCACUGGGGCAACAGAAAAGAGAUACAGAAAUUGAACUGAAAAGGAUCAAGAGGCUCAAAGAUAAAUUCAGAAUGAUACAUGAGCAGCUAAUUCUACGUCAAGCCGCUUGAAUAUAUGAACCACUGCUGGAUCUUCUGAGCGUAAAAUUACAUGUAACUUGAAGAUUUACGAGAUGUACUACGAUUUUUUUUCGUUUCUUUCCUAAUUUAGUGCUUUCCCUGUGGUUUUGUCAUAGAAAGAUUAUUAGAUGUUCAUUAUAUCUGCAGUUACCUAUAAAUCUUCCUCUUUACCUCUAUCUAAGCUUUGAGUCUAUUCAUGUUCGAAACUAUAACAUGUUUCUGUUCCUGUACCUGAGACAUAAUAGCACAUUGGCAGACUA